CGUCAAUACAACUCGAACCGUGUUGCAAAUCCAACACUAAAAAGGCGAAAUUGAGUUGUAAAUAAAAAAAAUUAUUAAAUUAAACAUAAAGUAUAAUGGCAACAAAGAGGAAAUAUACUUCAAAGGACGACGAUAGAUAUGAUAAGAAACACACUCUCGAUUCAGAUGAAGAGGACUCGGAUGACUAUGAACGGGAAAAUCUUAACGAUAGCGACAUUGAAGGGGGCGAGGAAGGAACUGCCAAAAUAGAAGAUGAUGUUAAAAUAACUCCCUUCAACAUGCGAGAAGAGCUGGAGGAGGGGCAUUUCGACAAGGAUGGCCACUAUCAUUGGAAUAAAGAUGCAGAAAUCAAAGAUAAUUGGCUGGACAAUGUCGAUUGGAUGAAGGUUGAGAAAAGCAAAAACUACUUCGAUCCAAACAAAGGCGAUGACGCAAACUCAAACUCCUCAGAUGAUUCCCGGCCGGCAGCAGAUGGUGCCUUUAACUUGUCCAUGGCAUACACAAAAAUGCUAGAGUACAUGAAAGCAGGGGAAAGUGUUCAGAUGGCAUUAAAAAGAUUGGGCAGUCAGAGACCUAAAUUGUCGACGCUUGAAAAACUCAAAAGAAAAAAGAGUGGCAUUGUAGAUCAGGAAACUCAAAAAAUUUCGGAAUUAACUGCCUUAGCUAAUGAAAUCUUAUCAAAGACGGGUAACAUGGAUAUAUAUGAAGAGACAUUUGACAAGAUUAAAUCGAAACUUGCAAAUUUGCCGAGCUCUAGCAAAGCAGCCACGAGUGAAAUCUUCGAUAUGUACGCAGAUGAUUUUGAGGCGAAAGAAUCGGAGCGGUUAAAGGCGCCGGAUUCAGGAAAGUCCAAAGAACAAGAAACUGCAACUGCGAUAGAUUCGGAACCAGCUGCAAUUCAAUGGGAAUUCAAGUGGAAACUAGAUGACGAUGCCAUCCAGGGGCCUUUUACAACUGAAAAAAUGUUAAAUUGGUCUAACGAGAAUUAUUUUAAGACUGGUGUCUACGUCCGCAAAUGCGGAGAAAAUCGGAACUUCUAUUCCAGCAACAGAAUUGAUUUUGAUUUGUAUUUGUGAAAAUUGAAUAUAAUGAGAAAAGGUUGAUUAAUUAAUAUGUAUCAGAACAAAAGAUAAUUGAUUAAAUAUAGAGAUUUAUUGCACCUAAA